GAAGCGUCUGACAUAAACAGACCAGAUGGCGCUGUAGUCUUUUCUUCAGACAGAAGAGUUGUCGAAAGUGAUAAAGCACGUUUUAUGAGUUAUUUAGACUGAUUGUCCAUCAAAGACAUGGCUGGCGUUGUUUUGGAAAACUUGAGUUGGAAGAAACUCAUCAUUCUCAGCUUAAUAUUGCUUAUGUUACUUAUAACGUUUUUCUUAAUUGGUGGUUUGCAAGCUCCUCAACCUAACAAUGUGAACAUUAUCAUUGGUACAAAAUGCUAUUCCAGAGGUAGAUAUGUCAACAGAGAGAAAUGGCAUAUACCUAGAGGAAAUAAGAGCAUUAGCUGUGAGAAGUUGGAUAGUUUAAGGCCUGACGAUCCUAAAAUCAUUAGUCAAGAGAUAACAGACAAACAGGUUGUUUUUGCUUUCUGGAUUCCUGGCCCUAGAGAUGGACAAGAGCUGAAGAUGCAUCCACGGUUUCAGUACAUGAUGUCUGUAUUACAGCUUGACAUUAUAUAUCAACCACACAAUCCUGUAGGACUAAACCCAGUGAUGCUGUUGGAUUUUAGACUGGGUUACAGGAACGAAGGAGAUAGAGAGGGUGAUUGGAAAUUACUGGCAGAAUCUGCAGAGGAUAGAAAACUUGUCUGUACCAUCAGUACAAAUGAGAAGAAUGAGACAGAACCAGGGUCUCAGUAUGAUUGUGAGCUGCUGCAUGCCUUUGAGAUUUCCAGUUUACACCAUGAUUACUAUCUUCUGAACCUACGACUCCCUCCCAGUCCUGAGAAGAAUAUAAAUAUUGGUCAGAUUGAUGAUAUCUCUCUUGUGACAAUUCAUCAGAAUGGAGGAUUUACUAUAAUAUGGUUCUCCAUUAAGACUUUCAUGUUUCCAUGUGUUCUGAUUGUGUUAAUCUGGUUUUGGAAAAGGAUACAACUGAUGUGUAGACCCCCAAACUUACUAGAAAGAACACUCUUUGCCUUGGGAAUAACAAUGUCAAUCUUAAACUUACCCAUUGAAUGGUUGACAUUUUGGUUGAAUAUUCCCUUCAUGCUACUGCUGAAUGAUAUCAGACAGGGAGCGUUCUAUGCCAUGUUGUUGUCUUUCUGGAUUAUAUUUACUGGAGAACAUAUAAUGGACCAGACAGAGAGAAACAGACUGAAGUUGUACUGGAAACAUUUAACUGCUGUAAUAGUGGGUUGUGUCUGCUUGUUUGUGUUUGAGAUGUGUGAAAGAGGAAUGCAGUUGAAGAAUCCAUUCUACAGUAUAUGGUCAAGUGAAAUUGGGUCAAAACUGGCUUUGGCUUUUAUUAUAAUAGCUGCUGUUGCUGCCACAGCCUACUUCCUGUUCUUGUGUGUCAUGAUUUACCGUGUCUUCCGAAACAUCAGUGCCAAAAAAUCAUCCCUACCAAGCAUGAGCCAUAUGAGGAAAAAGUAUUAUAUGGGUCUAAUCUUCCGAUUUAAGUUUCUGAUGCUGCUGACUUUAUUCUGUGCUGCAUUGACCGUAGUUUUUUUCAUCAUCAGUCAGUUGAGUGAAGGACAGUGGAAAUGGGGAGAUGAAAAUCUUAAUUUGGAAUACUCAAGUGCAUUCUUUACAGGUGUGUAUGGUCUUUGGAAUGUGUACAUCUUUGGACUGCUGUCUCUGUAUGCUCCCUCUCACAAGACUGCUUCCAGUGCUCAUGCUGACACUGAUAGCCAGGAAGAAGAGGUACAGUUAACAAACAUGCCAUCAGAAUUGUCCACUCUACAGUCUUUUGCAACAAAGGCUGACCAGGAUUAGACAUGGGCAGAUGAUGUAUAUAAUGGAAAAUAGAUCUGAUUCUCAGACAUUUGAUGCAAUAGUUACAUUUUGAAUAAAAUAGAUAUUAUUUGUGUGUGAGAUCCCGAAGUUAAUGUUCUCACAUAGUUGUCAUAAUAUUAUAUAUAACAAUUUGACUUAAAAAGUUAUCAUUAGUGUUGUGAUUUUUUAGUUUUAUAAUGUUUACAUUUUUGUGAAGCUACACAUAUUUUUACUAUAGAAUAUUCAUUUCUUCAUAUAUGGAGUAUUUAAGAAUACAUUUACAUAGGUUGAAAUAAGACAUAUCUGAAUAUUUUUAUUCAUAUUUUUUUUUAAUACAUGAUAGAAACCAUCACUCCAUGUAUAUGCUUUUGAGUGUAGAUAGGAUGUUGUCUCUUGUAGUUUACCAAUUUCAUAUGAUUUUUUAAUCUUUCUUGUACUAUAAAGAAGAGGUGCUACUUUUAUAUAUUUUCAAUGUAGAAUUUAUAAAUCUAUAUAAUAUCAUGUGUUUAUUCUUGUGUCAUAUUGUUUUGUAUUUUUGACCCAAGCUGUAUUGUGUUUCCAGUGGCGAAUACAGGUGGGGUUCCGGGGUUGGAACCCCCCUUUUGUUUGGGACAAUCAACGCAUUUGAAUGUGAUUGACCCCCACCCCACUCUUUAUCCUUUUUCAAAUGGCUAGAUCCACCCCUGAUUUCUAUAAAGAGCACAAUAUUAGUAUUAGUUCAAAAUGUGAACGAAGACUUUUAUGCAAUGUUAGAAACUAAUAUUAACAGGUUCAUUAUGAUAGAUUUCACAUAUGUUUAAUAGUAACAUACCUCAAUAAUGUGAAACAUAAUCAAUUUAAGGCUUGAGAAUGCUUCAAGGGAAUCAUUUUAAUCAACAAUUAGGCUUCUUGAUAAAAACCAGUAAAGUUUAAAUUAUAGUAUAAUGGUUCUGAAGUUUUGAAAUUUUGUUUGUUGGAGUGUUGCAAGUUUUACUCUUUGCAUUGUAAAUAAUAAUAAUAAAACACAGCUACAUAAUUUUUCAAAUGUUAUUAAAUUAAAAAAAUCAUUUUGAAAAAAAACAAUACUACGCAAUUAUUGUUUUAUAAAUGGCAAAAAGUUUAUAUCAAGUUCUAAUGAUAUGUUUAUGGUUGUGUUAAAAGUAAAUAUCUUGAUCUUACACUGGAUAGUGUGUCAUAUUGUUUUAAGAAAUAUUUUGAUAGGCACAGGAUUUUUUUCUAAGUGAACAUGAUAUUAUUAAGUUUAUUUUGAUAGAUUUGUGUAUAAAAGACUGCUGGACAGUCCCUCCACCAUCAGAGAACCACUUGUUUAUUAAAUAUCUAGCAAAAAAUCAAACUGUUGCCCAUAGAGGAUGUAUAAUUGUUUAUUUUUAAUGAAAUGCUAACUUUAUGGAUAUAAAUUUUAAAUUUUUUAAUUUAUAUAUAUAUAUGUAUUAUGUAACUAUGAUUUUUACUUUUAUUAUUCAUGAUAUCAUGUGGCAAUCUACUUCAAUGAAUUUAUUUAUAUAAAAAAAAUAUUAGUUUGUAAAGAAAUUGAUUUAUUGCUUUAUAAUAAGAAAUCCAUUUUGUUAGGUAGUUUUUACCAACUUAUUUGCAAUAAAUGUUUACUGUA